AUGGAAAGUGAGGACACAAAUAAAACACAAGAAAUGAAGACUGACCUGAAUUUAUUAUUGGAGUGUAUAAAGCAUCAAAUGGACAAUCCUGUUUCACAAAAGGAAGCCUUGGUCUCUAUUCAUUCAAUUUGUCAACAAAACAGUAACGCAGGUGUUUAUUUUCGGGAAAUUGGUGGUUUGGUGUUUGUGAAAAAUCUUGCAAAGUCAAGUGAACAUAGUACAGUAAAAGCAGCAGCCUUAUAUACAUUAGGAGCUAUUGCUGAAAAAAAUGUUUACUGUCAGCAGACUUUGUGUACUUCAGAAUUGUUUGAAGACUUAACUUGGUUCUUAUCUAAUAAUGAUUCAAGCACAAAUUUGAAAAGAAUGUCUGUCUAUGUUAUUUUGGUUCUGGUUUCAAACAAUAGACCUGGACAAACUCUCGUGAGAGAAACAGAUUGUAUUACUGUUCUGUCACAAUUGUUCAAGAAAAUUCUUUCAAAAUAUGAGUUGGAUUUGUCAGAUGAAAAUAUUUUCCAGAAUUACCAGUUGUGGGCUUCAGUGUGUAGUACUCUGUGUGUCUGUGUUAACAAUCCUCAAAAUGAUGAGAAUCAAAGGUUUUGCUGUUCACUGUUUUCACAUGCUAAUGAUUGGCUAAUAAACUGCAUGAAACCUGAGAUAAUUCGCCCUAUUUGUGCAUUCAUUGGACUCACUCUUGCAAAUAACACAUAUGUUCAGAAAUACUUUGUAUCUGUGGGUGGACUGGAUGUAUUGUCUCAAGUUCUUGUGCGACUGGAAUCUGAUUCACAUGAGACUGCUUCCUGUGCUAACCUUGCAGUGGUGGUGACAAAAACACUGGAUGCGUGUAUUGCUGACAAUCCUACUUUUGGGAUAGUACUAUCCAAGUACCACAUUGUUUCGAAACUUCUGGCAUUACUGCUUCAUGAAAGUCUGGAUUCAGAAGAAAAAUUUAGCAUCAUACUUACUCUUGGUUAUUGCACAGAGGAUUGUGAGGAAAAUCAGUAUGACCUUUUAAAAAACAAUGGGCUUCCACUCAUAAUGCAAGCCUUAAAUGAAUCUCAAAAUGAGGAACUAAACAGAGCUGCUACUUUUGUGCUUUAUAACUGCAAAAAACUUACUGAGAGAUUAUCUCUAAGUUUAGGAGACUAUUCUUUUGAUGAAAGUGAAGCAGAACAAUUAAAGAAACCAGAUGUGAAAGAGAAGAAUCUUGAACCCUACUGGAAGAGAGCAAAGGAAAUUCUACAUAAACUAGAACACCUUGAAAAAAGAAACAAUGAGGAAAAAAUACAAAGAGAAAAAUAUACGGAUAAUAUGAACAUAAAUGUUCAGAAUCCAUUGAAACAUCUCCAUGUGGAUAGUAUGGGAAGAACCAAAGUAGAAGAUAAGAAUAAACGUCAGUCCAGAGAACUUCAGAGUUACAUGCCCCAUGGAGUCAUCUCUAAAGCAGAUAGAAAUGAUGAUCAAAUGAAUACCCUGGUAACGAGUACAAAUCCAGUUAAUGCUUGUUAUAGGGAGAGUGGGCAAAAUCAGACUUUACGUAAAGCCAGUUCAUGCUGCAAUCAAACCUUACCUGAAGACAGCUUUCAAAAAAAGAGUUUUGUUUCUCAAUCAAGUGACCAAGUUUUUAAGCAUCCAACUCACAUUAUCAAAAAUAGGAAGCAGCCGUUACCAGUUACAGAUCCAUUUACAUUAUGUUCAGAUAUAAUAAAUAAAGAAGUCAUCAGUUUUCUAGAAACUGACAGUUCUUCUAAAACAUUGAAAUAUAGGUGCUCAGGUUGCAUAGCAGUAGGACAAUCUCUGAAUAGCCGAAAUUUUAGCAACCUCUUGCACUCUUGCCCAUACCAAUGUGAUCGUCACAAAGUCAUUGUGGAAGUUGAAGACAGAUAUAAAAGUGAACUAAGGAAAUCACUUAUCUGUAACAAAAAAAUUCUGCUGACCCCACGUAGAAGACGACAGCUCAGUAUUGAAUCUACUGCUCCUGGGGGAAUAACUUCUUCGCGGACCGAGGAGUUGGCUAAGACUCAGCGGGCUGUGAGCUCCGACACAGCCCGCGCUGGGAACACGAGGCCGCCCGCGCCACCUCGGGCCGGGCGGUGCCCGCCGCCGCCGCCGCCUCCCGCGCUUGGCUGCCCCGGCGGCCGCCUGACCGCCACCCGCCACUGCCGCAGCCGCGCGAGCGUGGGAGGCUGCAGCCGCCGCCGGCACGCCAGGGCGCGUUGA